CAACCAAUCCAUCUGCAAACCGCAUCAACCGGGCCAAACCAUCCAAUGCUAUGUACUUGGGUGGGCAUGAGUCAAAUUAAAAAUUUACGCGCUUAGUUAUGGAUGUGUGAUUUUCGUCUAAAAUUCGUCCAAUUCAUCCAAUGUCUAUCCCUUAUUUCUGAAUCGGAUUAAAGUCGUUCUUAAAUUCUUACUUCGUUUUAUCAUUAUUUUUGGGAUGGAUAGCACAUGUAGCCACUCAUUUAAUUCAUUUUGCAUAUUGGAAUAGUAAGAGUCGUUGUUAUAAAUUUUAACUCCUAGCUAGCUGGCUUAGUGCAACUUGCAAAUCCAUAAAUUAAUUAGUUAUGGAUUAAUUAGUGGCCACUUUGCUGGACCAAACUAUGCAACACAUGCACAUUUUUUCCCCCGACAAUGAAAAUGGCCACAUGCAUGAAAUUGAUGAUGCAAUGUGAAAACUUUUAAAUUAUAUAACCAUAUGAGUUGACCUGCUCAACUUGCGCUCCAUUAAAACAUACCCGACUUGUUAUGAGGCGGACAUGGGUAUCAACUAUCAGUAUACCCGCCCAGAUCUGUUACUUUGUCAUUCCUAAACCAAGAUUUAGAGACCUUAUAGCUAGACAUGGUACAAAAGCACAUAGACUAGACUCAAACUCGGAGUAUCGAAAUGAUCAUAUGAGAUGACAAUCAAAGAACGAGUCAUGGCCCUGAUUGGCAAAAGAUCGAUGUACAGUGUGAAAUUAUUAUCUGGAAAAAAAAAAGUGAGGUGAAAGAUACUUCUAAAUCAGAAGUGAGCAUCCAACAAAUCACAUUACCUAUACGACGAUAUAUAUAAGUUGUAAUUAGACAAACCGAUACGUCCAAUCCACACACUAAAUUGUAUGGAAAGCAACCUUCAUAAAUCUCGAUUUCGACAAACUUACAAUUUCAUAAACUAACAUAUUUUUAUUUUAUUUUUGGUUAAUAAACAACAUAUUAUUACUUAAAUAUGUAAUAUGAAAUUCAAUCGAUGACUUUUAUCACAUUAUAUAAUUUCAUAAUAUAUAUGUGAUUAUUUUUUCAAUUUGAGUACUGUUUCUGCUAGCUGUAAGGUUGACAACAACUUUAUAUUACUUGGCAACAUGGAAUUAAAAACCAUAAAAAAAACCCCUCUUUUCAGGUCACAUUAUGAUCGUAGAGAGUUAGACAAGAACAAAAGAGUUGUUAAUGUCUCCAAGCUGAGAUCAUUACCACCAAAUUAAACUUAAUUAAUGAAACAUAUAUUAUUAAGAUUUUUGUAUAUGAAGUCACCGAAACUCAGGUACUCCACUCAAUAAUUAAGUUGUAGUAGUACUAGUGUUGUUUGUUAUCAUGGUUUUACUAGACUAUUAAUAUGAUAUAUAUGCUGUUGGCUCAAUACAUAUCAAACCUGAAAAAUAUUGGUAUAGUGGUUCGUUGUUAUAAAGGUCGCAUUUUCUCCCAUUGAUAAGCUUAAGUGCAUCUUUGUGAUAUCAAUAGGUAACUCUAAUCAAUAUUUUAUGAAACCCUUUUUUAAUUUUUACAUAACAAACACAAGAAGCCCACUUUCGUCUACCUAUUCUCGAAUCCCUAAUCCUUGCCCUCAAAUUAUCAGAGGCGAGUUCAUUUGCGUAAGACAGUUGAGAGGUUUGCAGGAUUUAAGAGAAUUACCGAGCUUUUUUGAGAAAUAGUUGUGCCAAAACAACAUAGAGUAGUUAGUGUAUCGACUUCGAAAAUAGACAUUAUUGCUACUCGAUCGUCGCCACUGCAAUUGUUGAAAGAGCAUUCUCUGGAAUAAAUUACUCGGAAAACACACUUCGAAAAUCGGAUGAGCGAUGAAAUCAUUCACGAUAUUUUUGAUUGGAUACUCUGAGAGUGACAUAGUCAAUAGUUUAGAUGAUUAAUGCAUUUUUAGAUACUUUUUAUAAUAUCCCUAUAACCUAUGGCUAGCUUGAUGUAGGUUCGAGAAUUCAUGCGACCUGUAUCUCUCUCUCGCUCUCAAGAGUUCGUCGAUAAUGCGAAAAUGUCGAUAAUGCGAAAACGAUAACAUACCUUAGAUCCAAAUCUUGCUAACCCAAUAUUCAGAUUCACAUCAAUAAAUAAAAAAACACUUUGGAAUUCUUCUAGAAGCUCAAUGUGAGAACCUAUAGUGACCACCACAACCACGAGAACCCUUCGUACACAUAUUCCCCCAUUAUAUUGCAGAUCCACAGGACCACAUGAAUUAUUACUUCUGGCGGCAUUUUUCAUAUUUUAUAUACAUAUAUCUUUGUUUUUUUUUUCCUACUAUUUUUUUUUAUAAAUUAUUUAGUACCAUGCGUUGUCUAUAUUAAAUAAAUAAAUUUGGUUUUGCUUUCAACCUAAAAAAAAAAUGUUGAAUGGCCCUUGCCUUGCCUUUUAGUACUUCUCCACAUUACCAACCACGAAACAAGUGGACAAGUCAAUAGGCAGCCAAAGCUCUAGUGGCCAUGGCGCCUUUUGUCUUUUGAUAACGAGGGAAAAGGGAAAUGGAGAACAGAAGGAAGGAAGACGACGGGGGCAAUGGAAACAAGAAAAAGGUUUCUAGAAGGGAGAAGCAGUAGUACACACUACUUUCAAGUUUCAACUAGUGGAACAAAUUGGGAGGGGUUUAAUUUCAUUGUUAAUUAGUAGGAAAGAAGAUUCAAAGGUGGAAUAAUACAUUUUUUUUUCUGAGAUGAUUGGUGUCUCAAGAUUUGGAAUUUGAUUGAAUGGUUUUCAUACGUGAAGUUAUGUGAUAGUUUGUGACCCGUUUCUGGUGUUUUGAAUUCAGAUUAUAAUAAUACCAUGAUUUCGUAUAUUAAACAAAAUAUUGAGAAAUUACCAAAUAUAGAUAUUACUUUGUUGCUUGUGAGACCCAGAUGCAGUUUCGAGGAGUUGUUUAUUUCCAGCUAGUUUCGGAAUUUUGUUUUGGCUUCCCGUUUCGUUUUGCUAGUGGGGGGUACUUGCAAUCGUUCGAGUGUCCCAUGUAGACAUGCUCACUCUGUACAUGGCGUGAAAAACAGAUUGUUGCACUGCAUGCAUGCAGAGGUUACCAACUCUGUAGAUAGAUGACUUGCACAUCGAAUCUCUUUCGACUACGUACACGUGACUCAAUAGGACUCCGCUUUGAGCGCGAUCAUCAGCCAGUGGGUUUUGAAGGAUCAAACUAGCUCUAGUUCAUUCAUUGGCAUCCUGAAUUCAAGUUCAAUCAUUGACAUGCAUUUUGUAACUUGAAUGAUUAGAAGUUGUUUUUAUAAACGAUUUGUGAAUGGUGGUAGAUGAUCCUAAUACCACUCUCAUCCAAUGGAAGUAAUGAUUUCUUAAUAUAAAAGUAUCAAUAAUUAGCGAUGAGAUAGCUCCAUUUGUAUAGUAGAGAUUGAAGAUGACGAUGAUAGAAGGAGACUGCUGGACUUCUUUGUACAGGUUUUGAAGUUGGAUGAUUCUUUUGUUAUUUACGUUUGGCAUUGUAUAAAGUUGUUAAUUGCCUUGUCUUUCUCAUUUUUAUUAGUGUGGUAGUUAGGUUAGGCCAUAUGCAUGUAUCCAUAUGUACUUAAGUGGUUGAUGAUCUGUGUUUAAUGUUUAAUCAUGAUUAGAUGCUCAUUGUGAUCCUUUUCUAAUACAGACACAACUUAAUUUGUUAUCAGUCUCUCAUGCAACUUGAUAGAUAGAAUUGUACCAAUUACUACCAGGGUCAAAGUCUGGAUUUCGUCCAGUCUCCAAAGUGAAUCUAUUUAGAGAAAAAAAAAAUAUAUACAUGAUGAAAUAUUUUUUUGUUAAAUUUUAUUAUGAUCCAUGAUAUGAUCUUAUAUUUGGAAAAACUUGAUAAAUUAAAUUACAGUAGUCAAAUUCUCAUACCGUCAACGAGAAUGAUUUUGAUACUCGUAGACUGUGUUUAACGUCAUGUGGUCCUUUUCCUUCUAGAUUUUCACACUAGUAUGAACAAUUCGGAUGAAAAACUUGAGUGAUGGGAAAGGAGUCGUAUUUUGUUACUUAAUUAAAUUUCAGGCUUUAGUUGUCAAGAACGAGCAGUACUUUCAAUAAAUCGAGUUGUUGGAAAAGAUUCAUUAUGGAUUUUAUACAAUUUACUAGCACAUAUUCUCAAACGAAAACCAAAUAAUAUGAGUUUAAAAUUUUUACAAUUCCAAAUACCAUGUAUUUAACAUUAGGUCACUGAAAUUUGAGCACAAGGCCUAUCACACAUCAAAAACACUAAUACGAGUGAUUGUGAAUGUUUUAAUUAUGAAUCUUGUGCAAUUUACUAACAUUAGUAACCAAGUUGUUUAUGAAAGCAAGCUCAGUGACCAUUUAUCUAAUUAACCCUAUAGUGUAAUAGCCUCAUCGAAAGUUCAUCACUUCUCUUGAUAUGAUUUCAUUUCCAUCCUCACUGUCAAGAGAAUAUUACAGUGUGAAAUAACAAAAAAAAAACCCAUAUUUUCUCCUAUAGUAAGGUAAUUAAAGUAAAACGAAAAUGAAAGUUUGACAUAGACAGAUUAGGAGGACUAAAAUAGAAUAAAACCCUGCAAAGAUCUGAUCUCCACAAUCCUGACCUCACAUGAAAAGGGCACAAUAUUAAUUAUUUGUUUUGCUUUUUUAUAUAAGAAAUGAAACAGUGACCAACUCUUUUGUCACCAAAUAACUAUUAAUUAUUGUAGGCAUAAACAAAUCUAACAGGUAUAGUAGUAACCAAGUUGGUUUCGCUGUUUCCCCACCUUGAGAUGCUAACCCAUGUCACAUGCCAAUUAGUUAUUUGUUUAAUUCAUAUCACUUUACACUCCCAAAGAAGAAGGGGGAAAAAAAACAAUUAAAGACAUUAUAAAAUAUUAUUAUAUAUGUUCUUGGAUCUUGAAAAUCUAGCAAUGUUAGGUUUGGGAGGAGCAAGAUAAUAACAAGCCUCUAUAGUGGAGUGCUCUGGUCUAGGAAUCAUGGAUUUGGAGGUUACAAUCCUAUGAUACAUAGGAUUAAAGGGAAUUCAUCAAACGAUACUUCGAUUUACUUAUAUUCAACUUCAUGAUAGGUGGUGAGAGCUAUCUUUACGAGAAUCAUGGUGAUUUUUUAUGAUCACAUGAUAGUUCGGUCGUAGCUGUUACAGGAACAUACAUAUAAUCCUUUUCACUAAAAUCAGCUAGGGUUUUGACCGUUUUUCUGCUUAUUGUUGCAUCAUCCAGAUGCAAUGUGUCUGGGGCACCAUCUACAACAACGUAACGACCUAAUGGGGGGUGAUUUUGUCCAUAUCGACAGUAUUGGAUUACCCACCAAUAUGUUUGACCGAACAUGACGAUAAGUUGUGUGUAUGACACAUCAUCAUGGCUAUUGAACAGUAAAAGACGACACACAGAACAAUCCGACAACGUCUGUAUGCACUCAUCAUGGACGAACCCCCUUUUCUAAACCCAAGAAUUGUAAAGCCAUAUCAACGGUUGUACAAAAAAUGUCAAUAAUCUAGCAUUUUAUGUUGAAAUCGUGGUUCGAUGUUUUGUACUGCUGAAAUUUACCUGUCGACUUAUAUUUCAACGAGAGUUUUUUUUCCUGAUCGUACCAUUGACUACAACACGAUUGUUCAAACACUCUUUAAAACAAAGAAAGUAUAAAAUAUUAGUGAUGACAUGGUUUGAAAAAUCAAAGGAACUAAAAAGUAGAAACCAAAAGCUAGCUCUUUUUUUUUUCUUUCUCUCCCAUACAAUGAUGACUUCACAAUUUUACAUACUACCAUUCUUGCCCCAUUUACUUCCAUAGAAUCCCCCCCAUAUUUUAUAUUUCUUUCCCCCAUAUAUUUUAAUAAUACCCUUUUUUCCUUCAUCACAUGCUCCUCCUUUCUAUAAAAAGCCAAACUCCACCUCCAUUUCUCCCCACCGUCUCAACUCUCAUCCCUUCCCCACUCCUUCCACUCUUUAGCAACGACUCGUCACCCUCCUCCCGUCACUAAAACCCCAAAAAACAAUGAAGGUCACGGUUACGGAAACCACCAUCGUCCGCCCUUUCUCCGAGACCCCGAGGGAGAAAAUAUGGCUCUCCAACAUGGACCUCCUCCACGGCCGCAUCCACCUCCCGACGAUCUACCUCUACAAGCCCGACGGCUCCGCCGGCGACAACUUCUUCGACGGCAAGGCCCUCAAGGAAGGCCUAGCGAAGGUUUUAGUCACGUUCUACCCCGCCGCGGGGAGGCUGGCCAAGGACGAGAAGGGACGGAUCGAGAUCGAUUGCAACGGCGCGGGCGUGCUGUUCAGGGAGGCCGUGACGGAUCUCGCCAUGAGCGAUUUGGGCGAGUUCAUGCCCGGGACGGAUUUGCUUCAGUUUGUCCCUAGAGUUGACUACUCGGCGGACAUGUCUUCUUACCCACUUUUUGUGACGCAGGUGACGAGAUUCUCGUGCGGCGGAGUGUGCGUGGGGACAGGCUGGCACCACACGGUGGCCGACGGCGAAGGCGCGUUGAGCUUCAUCAACGCGUGGGCCGACUGCGCCCGCGGUCUGCCCGUCCCGGUCCAACCGUACCUCGACCGAACCCUCCUCCGGGCCCGGUCCCCGCCCAGCCCCAAAUUCCACCACGUCGAGUACGACCCGCCGCCGACCAUGGUCUCCCCACCCCCUCCCGCCGCCGGCAACGACGGCGCCACCUCCAUGGCGAUCCUCGAAAUCACCCCCGAACAGAUCAACAGCCUGAGAGACCAGAUUACCCGCGACAACCAUACGAAGGCGAAAUACAGCACGUACCAGAUCCUCACCGCCCACAUCUGGCGCGCCGUCACCAGAGCCCGGGAUCUCGCCGCCGACCAACCCACCAAGCUCCACAUCUCCACGGACGGCAGAUCUCGCCUCAACCCGCCGCUCCCCGCCGGUUACCUCGGGAACUGCGUCUUCCACGCGACGCCGACGGCGGAGGCAGGGGAAUUGGUCUCCGAGCCGCUGAUUCGGACCGUGGAUCGGAUCCACGGCGCGAUUAAGCAGAUGGACGACGAGUACUUGAGAUCUGCAAUCGAUUACCUCGAGGAUCCGAACGAUUCGUCGGCGAUUAUGCAGGUUCCGGGUACUUGCAGGACGCCGAAUCUGAAGAUCAUUAGCUGGAUUCGAUUGCCGUUCGAGUGCGCCGAUUUUGGGUGGGGUAGGCCGAUUUUCAAUCGGCCGGCGAAUCUGUUUGAAGGGAAGGGGAAUAUCUUGCCCAAGUACAGCGUCGACGGGAAUUUGUCGCUGGCGCUAUGUUUGGAGAACUAUGCCAUGGAGAAUUUCAGGAAGACGUUCUACGAAGUGGAUGGGUGAAGAAGAAGAAGAAGAAGAAGAGGAACACGGGAAUUUGAUUCUGGGUUUGUGGUUAAUUCGCUUGAUUGUGUGUGUUUCUAGUAAUAGCUCCAUGGUUCAAUCUUCAUCAUCAUGUUUCCAAAAAAAAAAAAUUACUGCCUUUCUUGCUUGUGCUUUCUUGUAAUGCCUGAAAAUGGCGGUUAUUAUUCAAUGAGAAAUUGGGAGGUUAUUGUAGAAAGUAGAAACAUGAGCUCGGGUCAUGAAAUCAACAAUCUAAGACUAUAACGUAAGCUGGAUAAAGAGGAAAAAGGAUACAAACAUGAUUGUCGGAACGAAAUAAGGUCUUUCUAACCACCACAUGGACUAUCAAAUUGUCAUAUUCCUAUUCAUAAACCGAACCUCAAUUGCAGUUUACAAACCUCCUCACAGAAUGGUAUUCCACUAUUCCCUAACCACCACAUAGACUGAACCUCAAACCCUAGGUAUAUAUCAAACAGAGCUAACGAACCUCAUUCGAAAUGACCCCUCCAUAUAUCGGUCGUUUGCACUACUUUCCCUUUCCAAAUGUAACAAAUAAAUACUCUAUACCAAUCUAAAUACGAAAAUUUCAUUACAAAAUUAAAUACUCUAUACCAAUCUAAAUACGAAAAUUUCAUUACAAAAUUCAAGCACAAAACUUCUCGAAGAAAAACGUUCGAAUCUUCUAUGUUUUUCUUUGUCAACUUUAAUGAGAUUUGCCCUCAAUGAAAAUCAUUUGAGACAAUAAUAUGAGCGCCCUAGUUCUCCUAGUACAACAACGAGUCACGCAAAGUCAACGAGCCUAACGAACCUCAUUCCGAAUAAUCCCACCACACACACAGUUGUUUGCACUACUUUCCCUUUCCAAUAUAUAAUGAACGAAUACGAUAAAUCAUUCUUAAGUACAAAAUUUUAAUUAUAAAGUUCUGAAACAAAACUGCUUGCAUAAAAACGCACGAAUCUUUUAUAUUUGUCCUCGUCAUUCUCAAUAAAAUUUACAUCACGUGUUAAUCAUUUAAAACGACGAAAUAAGCGAUGAUGAGUUUUGGUUGUUGCAAGGUCGUGUCGUAGUUCUCCUAGUACAACAACGAGUCACGCCAAGUCAAGUCACCCAUCUCUACAUGUUCACACAGAAAAUUGCAGGACGGAGCCUUCCCUCCAAGUUUAGGACAACUCUUCGUUUGAACAUUGGUGUAGGGCAGCCUUGUACUUCACCCAAUCCCUUUUUCACUGGGUUCAUGUGAAUCCAACAGUGGUGUAAAAUCUGUUUCUUUUUUGAUGGGGUUGCUUACUGUUAUCCUGUCUGCCAUUCACAUCCAAGCUUAUGAGUAGGCAGAGAGACUAGAGAGCUAACUCGGUUUAUCAUGCAAAACGGUCAUUCACACAUUCGAAUAUCGAUGCGGUGUGUCGGUGAGGACUAACGUGUAGAUCAUAAGUUAUUGGGAUGGUCAACCUAUUGGAUAUAAUAUUGAGGUGAUUUUGAUUAUCGAAGGUCUAUGUGGUCGAGUUGUGGCGGCCUAAUACCAACAUUUUGUAUGUACUAGUAGCAGACCGACCUAAAUUCAUAUUAGAUAAGACUCUUCUUUGUUUGAGCUUAACCGAUGCACGAUUUAAUUAAUCUAAUAUUUAUGUGAUGAUGAACUUGUACAAACUUCAAGAUCCGAAUAAAAAAAAUUUCGAUAA